CCGCUCAGAGAGAGAUCAUCAUUCACGCAGCGCACAAGCAGCAUCAGCAUCAGCGUCGGAGGUGGACGCGCAGCACUGAAUGAUCCCGCGCAGCGUAAACACAUCGGUUACCGACUACAAACUUGAGUGUCAUUGUGCAGAGAUUACAGGCGAAGGUUUUCCACAACUGUGGGACGGGGGAAUGAUAAACCCCGGAUCCCCCGACUGUUCGUAAGGAUGCGAUCACUGAGCCCACCGUGGGCCUCGCUACUCACCGAGGCUUUCCUCAUCACAACAGUCGCCGUCAGCGCUGCAAUGGCAGUUGUGGGACAUUGUCCUCGGAGUCUGGACUGUGCCCGGGAGCGACGGCACUUCUGCCAGCCCGGCUCUUCACACUGCGGCCCAUGCCUAGACCCAUUUGUGGAGAAUAAACGAGGGAAGUGUGUGAUCAGGAGACGAAAUCACCCUGCAGUCAAGGUCAGCCAUCUCCCAGAGCUGGAUGAAGAGAUAGACAUUCUCUCCUCCAUCAUCAGCAAACACAGAGAAUCAGAGAUGAAGCACUCAGCCCCCUCUCCAGCUGCUUCCAAAGCCCCUGAGGAUCGAUUCUGGCCGAGCAGUCAGCAUGGAGCAGAGGCAUCUCCUACUGCUGCUACAUCAGAACAGCCUCUGACAAGUGCCCUGACCACUGCCGCCUCUACCACCAGCCCAGCCUCACGCUCUCCCUUUAUCUCUGCUGUGCACAGCGCCCCCUUUAUCAUCCCGUACCCUUCUGAAGACCACUCUUUCAUCAUAUUUUUGGGGGUGUUUCUCAUGGUGGGCUCAGUUGCCAUGGUCUUGACCGGAGUGUGUUGGGUCAGGAUGCAGAGAGGCAGUCGUCUGGCCCAGAAGGUUGAUUAUCCUGCUUUCGGGUUAAUAGGUUCCAGUUCUUAUGAUAGUGGCAUGACUGGAGAUAAGAAUCUUGCACAGAGUGCCCAGAUGUACCACUUUCAGCUUCAGAAGCAGCAAAUGAUGUCACUCAAGCAACGAAGUGAUUCCAAGAUUCCUGAGUCAGGAGCCACUUCGGAUGAGGAAAAUGAAGAUGGAGACUUUACUGUGUAUGAGUGCCCAGGACUUGCCCCAACCGGGGAAAUGGAAGUGAAGAAUCCACUGUUCGACGACUCCACCUUUCAUCUUCACCUGCAGAGAAGUUACAACUAAACACGAGUACUCAGAGGACGCAUCACUCCACGCAUGAAUUCACAACAGUGUGCUUUCCUCAUCUGAUCCUUUCAGGCAAGAUCACAAAGGUCAUCUGCACUUGCAUCACGGUUCGUGUGGACAUUUGAGAGCAUUUUUUUUUUGUGCUGUUAAAUACACUGGUGUUGCAGCUUCCAUCCAUGAACAGAAAACAGAAUGCAUUGCAACACAGACAGAAAAAAUUCACUUUGUUAACACUUUGUUGAUUCACACAUACACAAGCAUCCUUUCUAAAGACCAGCCCCUUCGGACCAGGACCCUGCGCUGUAGUACCUUUCAGUUUAAAGGCAGAUGUGCAAAAACAUUGCAUGGAUUUCUGACUUAGAGUUGCACCCAUCCUGUAUAAUCAUGCAAGGUUGUGUCUCUUUCCUCAAUGUCUGCUAUGAACAUACUGUACGUAAUAGACUUGGCAUCCUCAGUGCUUGAUACCAGCUCAAGGCUCAUUUAAUAUCAGGUCAUUGCUGAGUUCUGUUAUGACGUCUUCUGUAGUAUAUUGUGAAUACUGUGCAAUGGAAGGGAAACUUAUUUAUAGAAUUAACUGUUUGAACAUAUCUUGCCUGCAAACGCUAGUCAUAUUUAGAAUGGACGUGGAAGUUGACGCCCCUCGAGGAGCAACAUAAUUUACACGAUUAGCGUAUUUUAUGUUUUCUUCUAUCAAAUUCGUCUGUGACUGUAUUUUUUAAAAUACCAAUGGUGAUUUUAAUAUUUUUUUAUAAUUGUGCUCACAAAAAUAACCCUAAAUGAUAUUAUGUAGCCUCUGUAUAA